AUGGGCGGCACCUCAGAGGAAGCAUCUCUCCAGGCGGCUGCAACGAUCGAAGCCAAUUUCGUCGGCCGGACCAGCAUCGUCCACAUCCCGGACGGUCGAGCCUUUAGCGGCACCUUUGUCUGCGUCGACUCCGGCAAGAACAUCAUCCUGGCCAACACGGACGAGACGAGACUCACACACGAGGGUCGCACAUCGAGUCGCCAUGUUGGAAUGGUCAUGAUACCAGGAGAGUACGUCGUCAAGGUCGAAGUGCAGCAAGACGCACUGGUACCAGGUCACUCAGCGCCUCACACUUCGCUAGCACAGGCAGGAUGGCCCGACGACGAGUCGAUGUACACUUGA